AUGAUGGCUGGUGGCACUUCUGCCGCGAAGGAGGCGACGGAUGAGGUGAAGGCCAUGUGCGAGGCACUGAAGAACGAAACCCAGGAGAAGGCGCAGGCUGCCGGCUGGAAUGGGCUCUUCCCCGAGUUCACCGCGCACAGCUUCUCUACUCAGGUGGUGGCUGGCACCAACUACUUCGUGAAGGUCAAAGUGGGCGAUGGCAAAUUCUGCCAUGUGCGCAUUCACCAGCCGCUGCCGCACACGGGAGCGCCACCAUCAGUGCACAGCGUGCAGGUCGACAAGGGCGAGUCCGAUGCCCUGGAAUACUUCUGA